ACACCGUGUAAGAGCAACAAAAGUCCAUUUUGUAAUUUGCAAAGCCAUCAGAAUUCAGAAGUUUUAAUCCUUCCAUACUUGUCCGGUCAGUCCAAAGAAAGUCUCGAAGUCUCCGCUGAUCGCGAUUUCGAAGAAGCUCCCCAACUCCAAACUCUCACCGCCGAUGACAUAAAGUUUCCAGCUUUCAUACGGCAAACUAUUCCUCAAUUCCUCCAUAACUCUUCCUUUUUCAAGUCUGGUCAAGUCGCUGGGGAUUCAAGUUUCAAACCUCCGAUCUCUUCGCGGUCUUCGUUGUUUCUGGGUUUAUGCCGCCCCCUGGUCUUCUGCAUUUGGGUCGGCUGGCUGCAGAAGAAACCUGGAAGCUUUCAGUAGGUUUGUCUGGGGCAAGCUCUUGAUUUUACCUUAUUUAUGAGUAGUAGCUGCCAAUUUUGAAUGCAACGUGUUUAUGAAUUGUAUGUGUGAAUGGCUCUCCAAGGCAAGAAACCCCGGCUCAAAGCUGGGGCUUUUCGCCGAUUUGCAUCUCUCGUUCUUGUCACGGUGAUAGGGGUUCUGCUACUGAUAGUCCUGCUCGGAACAAAUUCAGUCUCGAGUUUUGUCUCAAGAAAUCUGAAUGAGUCCUAUUAUACCAAUCUGGAGCCACUUCACAACAUUUCUGCCAUUAUGGCAAGGCUCAAUCUCCCCAAGCAGAGCGAACUAUCCUUGCAAUUAGAAAAGCUUAACCAGUUACCUCCCAGGAAUCUAGAUCUGUAUCCCAAGCUAGCUGAUGAUCAUAUAACCAUUGUGUUGUAUGUUCACAACAGACCGCAGUAUCUGAAAGUUGUGGUUGAUAGCUUGUCAAAGGUUGUAGGGAUAAGCGAGACAUUGCUCGUUGUUAGCCAUGAUGGCUACUUCAAACAGAUGAACAAGAUUGUAGAAAGCAUCAAGUUUUGCCAGGUGAAGCAGAUAUUUGCUCCUUACUCGCCUCAUGUGUUUUACUCAAAGGGGUUCCCUGGUGUUUCUCCAGCUGACUGCAAGGAGAAAGAUAAUGCUUCCGAGAAGGGCUGUAUAGGGAACCCAGAUCAGUAUGGGAAUCACCGGUCCCCCGAGAUAGUGUCACUGAAGCAUCACUGGUGGUGGAUGAUGAACAUGGUAUGGGAUGGUAUGAAGGAGACAAAGGGACACUCUGGUCAUAUCCUCUUCAUCGAGGAGGAUCACUUCAUUUUCCCUAAUGCAUACCUUAACUUGAAGGUGCUCGCUGAUUUGAAGCCGGUGAAAUGCCCUGAUUGCUACGCUGCAAAUUUAGCACCCUCGGAUGUCAACUCCAGAGGAGAGAAUUGGAACAGUUUGAUCGCCGAGAGAAUGGGGAACGUGGGUUACUCGUUCAAUCGAACCGUUUGGGAGAAGAUUCAUCGGAAAGCCAAAGAGUUUUGUUUCUUUGAUGAUUAUAAUUGGGAUAUAACGAUGUGGGCGACAGUUUACCCUUCAUUUGGAGGACCUGUGUAUUCCUUACGUGGGCCCAGGACAAGUGCUGUCCAUUUCGGCAAGUGUGGUCUGCAUCAGGGCCAUGGGGAGAAGGAGAAGAAGAGUGGUUGCAUUGAUAAUGGUGCAAUGAAUAUUGUGGCGGAAGAGACUGAUAAGGCAGUGAAUGUAAACAAGGAGUGGGAAGUGAGGGUGUACGAGAAUCAACCCGGGUAUCAAGCUGGGUUCAAAGGUUGGGGUGGGUGGGGGGAUGAAAGAGAUCGUGAAUUGUGCAUGAAGUUCGCUGAAAUGUAUCACUGAUUUGCAAGGCUGCUGCGAAUUUUUGUUGUUUGUAAUAGCUGCUCUCAUGCAUGUGCUGUUGUAUAAUUGGUGAGGUCUAGGUCUAUAUAUGUUUGAAUCCUUUUUGCAGAACAUAGAUGCCAUGUAGUUUGUUUCAUCUUUGUUCAAUUUUCCUUGAGUUUUGUUCAUUUACCAUAUUGCUUUAACUUGAAUGCGAUAACAUAUUUCCUUCCCACUUUCUUAAUCAUUUGAUUUCUGAACUUUGAACUACUAUACUGCUAUUGUUGAGCAAUUGCCUCAAAUAUAGCAAUACCUGCCUUGACCCUUUUUGAAGCCAUAAUCCAAGGUGCGCUUGGAGAAGCUUCUAUUUUCCUUUCUGCUUGAAAAUAGAGUAAGCUACUGUUUGCUGUUUUUUAGUCAAGAGGCAGCUUAACUGUCUCCUAUUUAAUGUAGUCUCUCAAAAUUUGCAGCCAUCUGUCUGAUAGUCAGCCGAAACAUAGCAUGCGAUUAAGCAUAUUCACUGUUUUUAAGGUCCAGGAUUGAUUACUUGAGAUGCUGGACAAUUGAUAUGUCUAAUAAGUUCACUUUAGUGAAGAAGAACCUUGGUUCUCCUCAUGGGAUUCUCUGAUUCCAGCUUUAUCUUGAUAAUCGAAGGCCAGGCUCAUGUAAUGGGACCUACGAAACUUAGAGAGAUUGUCUGCAUGUUGUUCCUGAAAGGACAAAAGCUUCAACUUCUGGUAUACAUUUGUGGCGUGCAGCUAAUGUUGGAUUUUGAAGGUGCAGUACCAUGCAGCUGCAAAACCUCCUGUAAGCACUAGCCGCUCCACUCUUUCCUUGUCUCUCAAGUAAAGUAAUUGUCAAGAACCACCAGGAGUUGUUGGGAGAGGUUCAAUCGUGGAUAAUAUACCACACUCUAACACGCCCCCUCAAACGAAAGCCAACUCACGGGCUUGAAGUUUGCACAUGCUCACCAUACCUUGUGCUUUUAAUAAACUGUUAAUAUUGGGGGUCGUGGAGAUUCGAACACAUGACUUUCCGGUUUUAGGCUUUGAUAAUAUGUCAAGAACCAGUCGAUCCCAAUAACUCGAGUUGUUAGGAGAGGUUCAAUCGUGGAUCAUAUACCACACUCUAACAGUAAUAUGGUGUCUGAACUAUGUUUUAUCUCCAUUAGAAGCUGUCUAUUUCCACAAUUCAAGAAACUUGCAACGGUGAGCCAUUCUCAUCCUCUCAUUCCAGCUUCUUAGAGACCAUAACCUUGCCCUGGCCGUCUGCAUCUGGUUGAGCAUUUUCUUACAUAUAAAAACUGCUGAAGAAACCCAUACUUCCUCAAACUACAUACCAUCAUAACAGAGAGAAGCAUCAUAAUCUGAAAGGUGACGAGAAGAACGAAGUCCUUUCUUGCAUUCUUCUAAUCAGCUUCCUGGUUUUCUUUCCCUAUCUCGAGGCACAGCAAUACUAGUCGAGUGGCUUCAUAACUGGAACAACGUCACCGGGGCAAUGCGACCAAGGUGAGGAAUCCGACUGCUGUAAUGAUGGCGAGCACUACAGAACCUUCAAAUGUUCGCCUCCAGUCACCAGCCAAACCGUGGCAACUCUAACACAGAACAGCUGCGAGGAAGGGGGAAAGCAGCUAGCCAUCGGAGUGCGACAAGCAGUACCAUUCCAACAAUGAGCCUAUAGUGGCGCUCUGGACUGAAUGGUUCAACAACAAGAGCAGGUGCUUGAAUUCAUUAACAUUGGUGGCAAUGGGAGCACUGGUUGGGGCAAUGGUUGUUGAUGAGUGUGACUCGGCCAUGGGAUGAGAUUCUGAUCAUGGCUAUCAGUCACCUUGCCCUAACGAUAUCGUGAAAGCAGUGUGGGAGGCGCUGGGAGUGCCUGAAGAUGACUGGGGGAAUCUGACAAUAUCCUGGUCUGAUGCUUGAAUAGAAUGCUUCAUAUGAUCUCAUAUUCUCAUGUGUAUUUGUUGGUGUCUACCUUUUGAGAAUAGAUAUGAUCCUGUUUC